AGUUUCAGGAGUAGAUUGAAGAAAACAUGGCCAAUCAACGGGAUUACAUUAGCAGACCUAUUUGCAAUGGAAUUUCUGUUCCUGAAAAUAAAAUCAGUUCCUUAGUGGCUGAAGGUCAUGGACAACAAAUUCUAAAAGUACUACAAAAGUUCAGAGAACAAAAUAUAUUUUUUGACUUUAAAAUUAUUGUGAAAGAUGAAAUAAUUCCCUGUCAUCGUUGUGUACUGGCAGCAUGCAGUGAUUUUUUCAGAGCCAUGUUUGAAGUUAAUAUGAAAGAACGAGAUGAUGGCAAUGUUACUAUUAGUAAUCUAUCACCCAAGGCAGUGAAAGCUUUUCUUGAUUACGCUUACACAGGAAAAACAGAGAUAACAAAUGAUAAUGUGGAAAUGCUCUUUCAACUAUCUUCAUUUCUUCAAGUUUCACUCCUUUCCAAAGCUUGCAGUGACUUUCUAAUAAAAAGUAUUGAUCUUGUGAAUUGCUUACAGUUGCUUUCUCUCUCAGAAAGCUAUGGGUCCGUCCGCUUAUUUGAUCAUGCACUAGAUUUUGUACAGCACCACUUUUCAUUGCUGCUCAGAUCAAGUGAUUUUUUGGAGAUGAAUUUUGAGAUACUACAAAAAUGUCUCGAGGCUGAUGAACUCAAUGUUCCUGAGGAAGAAUCAGUGUUGAAAGCUGUCCUUCAAUGGACCAAACACAACUUAGAAACACGGCAGAAAUACCUGCCUAAUUUGAUUAAAAAAGUGAGACUACACCAGUUACCUGAAAAGACUUUGCAGGACUUUCUGCAUUCUGAAGAACACUUAAUUAAGAGUGCUAAUUGCUCAGUAAUAAUCAACGAUGCAGUUCAAAGUGUGCAAAACUUUAGUGGACUGUUUCCAGAUGCACGUCCUUCAACAACAGAAAAAUAUAUAUUUGUUCAUAAAACUGAUGAAGAUGGAGAAAACAGACAUACAUUCUGCUACAACAUCAAAACAGAUACAUGGAAAGAACUACCACAUACGCACAUGGUUGACCUGCCAGGGUCCAGUUUAUCUAGCUAUGGAGAAAAAAUAUUUAUAACUGGAGGAUGCAAGGGGAAUUGUUACAGGACUGUCAGGCUUCAUAUUGCUACCCCAAUUUGGUGCUACUGUCCCGUCCGCAAUGAAUUUUCCAUAGUGUCAGCUAUGAAAAGACCAAGGACAAUGCACACAUCUGUUGUAACCUUAAAUCAGCUCUUUGUAAUAGGUGGAAAGACCAGAGGAGCUCAAGAAACCCGAAGUCUUUUGGAUGUAGAAUCCUAUAAUCCUCUUUCCAAAGACUGGAAAUCUGUAAGCCAAUUACCAAGAGGUAUAUACUAUCCAGAAGCAAGUGCAUGUCAGAAUAUAAUUUACGUCCUUGGCUCAGAAGUAGAGAUUACUGAUGCCUUUAAUCCAUCUCUUGACUGUUUCUUUAAGUAUAACGCUAUGACUGAUCAGUGGUCUGAGCUUGUAGCAGAAUUUGGGCAGUUUUUCCAUGCAACUCUAAUCAAAGCUGUUCCAGUUAAUUGUACAUUGUAUAUAUGUGAUCUCUCCACCUACAAGGUCUACAGUUUUUGCCCAGAAACCUGUGUUUGGAAAGGGGAAGGAUCUUUUGAAUGUGCUGGCUUUAAUGCAGGGGCAGUUGGGACAGAAGACAAAAUUUAUAUACUGGGUGGUGAUUAUGCUCCAGAAGAAAUCACAGAUGAAGUUCAAGUCUACCAUAGUAGUAGGUCUGAAUGGGAAGAAGUUUCACCAAUGCCAAGAGCCUUAACUGAGUUUUAUUGUCAGGUCAUUCAGUUCAAUAAAUACAGGGACCCCUGGUCACCUGUACUGACAAUUUGCUCGGGAGAAUUUUGAAACUCCUGAGUCAGAAGAAUAUUUAAAUGCACAAGUUUUAGAACAGAUUUUUAAGUAUUAAUUUACAGAUGGAGAAAUAUGUACUUCUUUGUUUAAAUCUUCAGUUUAAAUUGUAUGCUGUAGAAUUGCUUUUGGAAGAGUCCAUUAAAAUGUCAUUCAUGGUAGUCAUUAUACAGAAAGCAUUAUUUAAUUUUAUAUACAAGUCUUCUUUGUAAUUAUAUUACUUUUCA